AACCCUUUGCCUUUGCCAAACACUCCCCCUUUCCUACGAGACCCCCCUUGUGCCGCCGCGGUGCUCGGUCGUCUGCCUUUCCCGAUCGCUUCAUAGUUCCCCCGUCUAGUUUUCCCCUUCCUCUCCUCGCUGAACUUUCUUCGCUGUGAAAUACUCCUCCAACGAGCCGCAAUGAGCACCGCCGCGCAGCCGAUAUUUGCCGAGGGCGAGAACUGCAAGCCGGUGUGGACAGGCGCCGCUGCAGACUACAACGCGGCCGACACGCACCUGGAGAUCAUGGGGAAGCCGGUGAUGGAGCGCUGGGAGACACCUUACAUGCACGAACUGGCCGCUGUAGCUGCGUCCAAAGGGGGGCGGGUCCUGGAGAUUGGCUUUGGAAUGGCCAUCGCAGCAACCAAGAUUGAGUCCUUCCCCAUAGAGGAGCACUGGGUCAUUGAGUGCAAUGAUGGGGUCUUCCAAAGACUGCAGGAGUGGGGCAAGAUACAGCCCCACAAGGUCGUUCCUCUAAAAGGGUUGUGGGAGGAGGUCGUCCCUACACUGCCUGAUGGACACUUUGAUGGAAUUCUUUACGACACUUAUCCCCUGUCUGAAGAAACCUGGCAUACUCACCAGUUCAACUUCAUUAAGGGACAUGCCCACAGGUUACUGAAGCCUGGUGGCGUCCUCACAUACUGCAACCUGACAUCCUGGGGUGAACUGCUCAAGACCAAGUACGACGACAUUGAGAAAAUGUUUCAGGAGACUCAGGUGCCCCAGCUCCUUGAGGCCGGCUUCAAGAAGGAGAACAUCAGCACCAGCCUGCUGGACAUUGUCCCCCCGGCCGAGUGCAAGUACUACGCCUUCCGCAAGAUGAUCACACCCACGGUCAUCAAACAGUGAACUGGGGCAGAGACGCAAACCACACCUCAUCCACAUCUGCUCCCACGCCCACAGCAAACGCCUGUCCAACGAUUAGCCAUAACGGACUGGACUUGACCAUCGGUUUGCAAAUAAGAGUGCCGUGUCCUGGCGACCAGAAUGUGCAUCUUCCACCUUGAGAAGAAGCUACAGCACUAUGUCUCUUCCGCUGUCCAGAUUACAUGCGUUUGAAAAGCAUGAGUGAUGUUUUCUGGUCUUGUCUCCCACCUUUAAAAACACUCCUUGUGCAUUCCCUUUCGUAUGUUCCUGUACAAAUUCAUCUUCCCCUGUACCUCAUCUCACACCCCAGAAAUGUACAAAACCUUUUUGUGCAUGAAUUAUACUCGUCUACACGUUAAACCCUGUCAUCCAUUCAUAGGAGGCAGAACUUAAAACACAAGUUUUACAACAAGGUAUGAGUUCCCACCUUGCAUGUCUUGCAAUAAUACAUUUAGUUCCACAGCCAAAUCUGUAAAAGUCCCUUUCACUGAACACUAAAUACUAGUCUUCACACUCCACAUGGGUAAUGGCUUUUCCUAAAGCUGUUUGACAAAAGGAUUCAACAGACGUCUAAGUCAUUUCAGUAAUGGCCAGUCUUCUGCAAAAACACUCGAUACAUCUGGAAAUGUUUCUCAUUGUGAUUUCUAAGUUGUAUUCAAGAACUUUAAUAAAAAGUUAAACUUUGCCAUC